GUGAUCGACAUGGAACGAACCCUGAAGGGUCUUAAAGAGGAAGCCGCUAAAGAAAAAAUAAGGCUGGGGCAAAUAUAUGUCCGACAAAAUGAGGAGAAGGAGCAGAAGCUGAAACAGUGGGAGAUAUGGAUGAUUCGUAUAACCGAGCUAGAGAAAAAGUGUCAGGAAAAGCUUGUAGAUCUCAAGUCCAAGGGAGAGCCGCAAGAUCAGACUGAAGUUGAAGAUCAGAUCGUUCUAGCCAAGGAAUUUCAAGAGGAGUUACAGUCUGCCAAACCCGUGAUCACCGAUGGUCUUGAAUAUGGAUCGCACCUGCUAGAAGAUGACUUGAUCGAUGAAGACAACAGGGCAAAGAUUAGGCAGGACGUCCAUCAUCUCGAAGGAGACCUCGUGAAACUGGAACAGGCUAAUGACGAUGAACACAAGAGAUUGGAAGAAGCUCUUCAAGUACAUGGUCAAAGGCAAAAAUUGAAAAACUGGGAGAACUGGACCACUCGCAUCAAGGAGUUGAUGGGCGAUUGUGAAGAUAAGCUGGCAGACCUAAAAUCAAAGGAGGAACCAAAAGAUGGAAAGGAACUUGAACAGCAAAUUAUCUUAGCCAAUGAGUGCAAAGAUAAACUGCAGGCAUCGAAACCCGAGAUGAGUGACGGCUUUGCAUAUGGAAAGGAACUUUUGGAGGACGACGCUCUCGAUGACGGUGUCAAGGCGAAUGUCAAACGGGACUUAGAUCAGCUGGAGGGAGACUUCUUGAGCAUGGAGCGAGCCAGUGAUGAAGAAGUUCUCAGACUGCAAGGACGCUUAGAAGCAAUGAACGCUGAAACGAAAAUUAUGGAAGACUGGCGUGAGAAAUGUAACAUCGUAAAGACUCACAUGGACGCUGCUGAUGCAAUAAUACAAGAAGGAAAGAAAGCAAAGAGUCACGAUGAGAUAGAAAGCUGUUACAACAAGCUGAAGGACCUAACAAAGGACCUUGGUGAUACCGAACCUGAGUUGAAUGACACUUUAGAUCACGGCAGAAAGUUGUCCUCAAACAAAGACCUGAGUGACGGUACUCGUCAAGCUGUUUCCGAUGAUGUUGUUCUCCUGGAAGAAAAAUGGAAGGCCCUCAUGAAAGUAUCCCAAGAGGAAUACGCCAGACUUGGAGUCGAACUUGGGGCUUCUCAAGCAAAACAAAGAAGCAUAGCGACUUGGCACGAGCGAUGCGACACUCUCCAUGAAUGGGUGAACGACAAAUACGUAAGGCUGCGUUCCCGACCGACCUCACCUGAGUCAUCAUUUGGAGGAAUAAAAAGACAGCAAAGCGUUAUCGAGGAUUUAGUAAAAGAUUUGGUAACUAAACAAGGUGAAGUAAACGAAAUCAUUGACGAGGGAAAUCAGAUUAUCGACGACGAUUCCAUCCCUGAAGGGGAAAGGAAACAAGUCCACGAAAAGAUGAUCGCACUUCAUGACGACUGGAACAAACUGGCUAAUUUGACUUCCGGGAAACAACAAAGUGUCCAAGUUCUACUUCUUGAAAAGGAACAGCAACAUUUGGACAAGACCCAAAAUUGGAGAAGAAAGAUAGAUCCUCUCAUGAUGUGGAUUUCAUCAGCGGAGAACAGAGUGAACACCCAGUUUGAAAUUGCUCCAGAUCUCGACACCGUGAAGAAGCAAAAAAAUGAUCUUGAGGAUUUCAACACCGAGAUGUUAUCCCAUCAACGCGAAGUUAGCGACGCUCUGGAGACUGGGGACAAACUUUUGAAAGACUCUGAACUUCCAGAGGAUGACAGGACCGCAAUACAGAAAGAAGUCCUGGAUCUUGGUCACCGCUGGGAGAAUCUAGAGGAGUUAGUCUCGUGGAAAACCGAAAGGAUUGAUGACACGAUUCAGAAACUCAAGAUGCAGCAAGACGACAAACUGCAAAAGUGGCACGAGGGCGUAGAUGAAGUCAAUGUAUGGGUGACAAAGAUAAGAGUUAAGGUUGAAUCGCCGAUGAGACUUGCAACUGAUGUGGACUCCGCUUUAGAACAAAUGGACGACUUUCAGGACGUUAUCAAAGAUGCUCCCUUGUAUCAAGAAAAAGUCACCUAUCUAAAUGAGUUCAGUGGCAACCUAGUGUCCGACCCAUGUCUUGGCGAAGAAGAAAGAAGAAAUGUGCGCGAGGAAACUGUGAUCUGCAAUGAAAACUGGAACGACCUGGUUAACCUCGCCAAUGCUCGACAAGCCAGAAUGGAGGAAAAUCUUGACAAAUUAGAACGACAACAACAGGAUACUUUGGAACGCUGGAGGAUUCGUUCAGAAAGAUCGGGACUGGCGUUAGAUAAGCUGGAAGGCCAAAUAUCAGUUAUUGAUGAUCCAAUAGGAAAUAACCUAGAGACAGUAAGGAGGCAGGAAGAUGCGUUUGAGAUAUUUGCAAACGAAGUGGAACUGAACACGCCUCAGAUGAUUGACACAAUUGCAUUAGGCGAGAAAGUCAGGAAGGAUCCAAAGCUCACCCAAAAACGCAAAGAUGAGGUGGACGAGCAUCUCGAUUCAUUGACAGCACGCUGGGACAGAGUCAAGGAUUUUAUGGCGUUAAGAAAGGAAAGGCUUGGCGAAGCUUCUAAAAGGUUGCAAAGGGAGAGGAGAGACAAACUUCAUGAAUGGGAGGAAAGACUGAGCAGUUUUGACAGCUUUUUGCGUAAAGCAGAGAGGGAGACAGAGAGACUCGAACCAAUAGGAGACGACUUGGACACUGUCAAACUACAAAAUGAGGACUUCGAGCAGUCGGCGGGACUUCUUAUUGGACAGCAGAAGAAAGUGUAUGAUUUUGAGAAUUGCGCUGGCGAUUUAGCAACAGAUCCCGCAAUCGAUCAAAAGUCCAAAGAGAGCAUAGAAAAUGACAAAAACAACCGUCUUGAGCGAUGGGCGAGGGUCGUCGACAAGAUUAAUAGUCACCAGGCUAAGCUCGAAGAAGAGCUUUUGAACUUGGAGAAAACUGAAGGGGAGUUUACGAGGUGGAACGACCAGCUUGUGACAAUCCAAGAGGACGUUUCGAAAGUUGAAAGUAUCUGUGAGCAAGAAAUAGCUCCCGAUCUGGAGACACUUGAACAGCAAAGAAAGGAGGCCAAGAAUUUGAAAGAGGACGUGGCCCUGCUGGACCCUCAAAUUGAAGAAUUUCUCAAGAGCUCUGACAGUUUGCUCGAUAAUAGCGAUUUACCUGACGAGGAUCACCAGACGGUUGAGCGCGAGUCUGAAUUGCUCGAGAAACGUUGGAACAAAGUAAAGAACGACGCUAAUUCAAGAGAGCCAAGAAUCGAAGAAGCGUACAGAACCGUACAGAAGGGUCAAAAAGCCUUGUUGGAUGAAUGGAAAAACUCUUGUAACUCCACUCUCAAGUGGAUAGCUGAUUCUUCUGCGCGUGUGCAGGCACAAGAUCAUACCGCUCCAGACCUCGACCACGCGCGGGCUCAGAAGCAAGAAAUUGAGGAUUUAAUGAAGGAAAUUAAACAAUACGAUAAACAGAUGGAUAAACUUGAUCAACUUGGAGAAAAGAUUGUUCACGACCCGAACAUGCGUGACCUGGAAAAAACACUGGUAACUAACGAGAAAGCAUCCAUCAUUGGACAAUGGCAAGGACUCCUAUCAAAUACAGAAGCCACCAGAAACAGAUUGGAUAAGCAAAUUGAACAACUGGAAAGGGAGCAGCAGGAAAAGAUGAAGAUGUGGUCAAAAAAGACUGAGCCUCUGGAGACGUGGCUGGUUAAGAAGGAGACCAUCGUGGAGUCUUACGAGCCAAUCGGAUAUGACAUCAGUUAUGUAAAGGGACAAAGUGAAGAUGCUCAGGCGAUGAUCACAGACCUACUCCACGAGCAGCCGAAGUUCGCUGAGAUGACGGACCUCGGUAACCAGCUUACAACCGAGCCUUGUGUAGGAUUGGAGGAACGGGUCAGGAUACAGAAAGAGAUGCAGUCACUGCACGAGAGAUGGGACGGUUUGUAUGGAUCAGCCACCUCCCGGCACGACAGGAUUCAAGAAAGGCUAAGAAUAUUAGAAGACGAGCAAAGAAAGCUGGAGGAAGAAAGACAAAAAUUGGAAGAGGAAGAAAGGCAGAGGAGAGCGGAAGAGGAGAAGAGACGACAGGAAGAGAUUGAAAGAAGACGAAAAGAGGAUGAGGAGAGAAGAAAACGGGAGGAAGAGGCAAGAAAACGCAGAGAAGAGGAAGAACGAAAACGGAAAGAAGAAGAGGAAAGGCUACGAAGAGAGGAGGAAGAGGAAAGGAAAAGGAAGGAAGAAGAGGAAAGAAAACGAAGGGAAGAAGAGGCGAGGAAAAGAAGAGAAGAGGAAGAGACAGCAAGGAAAGAGGAAGAAGAAAGACGAAAGCGCGAGGAAGAAGAAAAAAAGCGAAAGGAAGAGGAAGAACGUAAGAGGCGGGAAGAAGAAAGAAAAAAGAGAGAGGAAGAAGAACGAAAGAGAAGAGAGGAGGAGGAUAGAAAGCGGAAGGAAGAACAAGAACGACGGAAAAGAGAGCAAGAAGAGCGACGGAAGAGGGAAGAAGAAGAACGAAAGAAGAAGGAGGAAGAGAAAAGGAAGCAGCGCGAGGAAGAGGAAAAAAAGAGAAAAGAAAGAGAAAGGAAACGAAAGGAAGAAGAGGAAAAGAGACGUCAGGAGGAAGAGGAACGGAAAAGAAAGGAGGCUGAAGAAAAACGAAAGAAAGAAGAGGAAAAGAUAAAAGCUUUCGCUUAUAUCGCACCUCAACCUCGCGUUCAGCUGGUUGAGCAGGAGCCAAGACUGUUCAGCAGUCCAGUGGACGAAGUUAUUGUGUCUGUUGACGAGAAUGUUGUCGAGGCGGCAGCAGAACCCGAUGGGAUUGUAUUAGAUGGAAGGCUACAGGACUGGAGAAACGAGGCAGAGAAAAUGAAGGCGUGGAUAAAGGAUCAAGACAACACACUACCCGAAGAAUCCGACGAGGACAACAUUGCAACUCUUAUUGAGAAAGAAGGCAAAAUUGCGAAUCUUGAGAGGGAACUACCUGUCUAUGAUAAACGCUACAGUGAUCUGGAUAGAGACUUUGAAGAGCUCAUUAGCGACAAGAAUAUAAAAGAAGAUCAACGGGAAGAAAUCGUCGAAGACAUGGAUAACGUCAGAGAUCUCUGGCNCUUCAAAGCCAUUGGCUUUGAAAAACGAUUCUCUGAGAUCAGGUCUCCAGAACUGACUAAAAGACAAGGAGAAAAUAACAACGAGUGGAAACCAUCAGUUGACGAGUCCAAUGCUAGCCUAAGAAGUUCUCUUAUCCAUGGCAAUAUUUUUACUCCUUCAGUUCAUUACAUUAACAUUUAUUUUUCAGAGUUAAAGAAAAGCUUCAAGACAUCCAGCGAGACAAGAAAAACCGAAAGUGGUCGAUCAUCGAGGCGCUGA